AUGUCUCAUAGGAAGCGUGUUUAUCCCCAGCAGCAGCACAGUUAUGGGCAAGGCGCGGGAGCGGCCAAUUCGCCCGUUAUGGUGCCCAAUUUCCCAUCACAAGUUGAGACGCCUGUGACAAACCAACAGCCUCAAUUCUUGACUCCAGCACAGCAGCAAUUGCAACAGCAACUGCAUCAACAGGUGGAUUACGCUUCGCAAGCGAUGUCGGGCAUGCAGCUCCACAAUGUGCCGGUUAUGGACCCUAAUUUGGCGCAAACUGCAGGCAUGGGUGUUCCACAACAAGGCGGAGGGGACUUCAACUCGCCAAACAUGGCCGGUACAGCUGCAAUGUACGGUCCACAGGCAGGCAUGGGCUAUGGGCAGCAGCAGCAGCCGGUCUCUGUGGGCAGGCCCAUGAACCAGCUGUAUCCAAUUGACCUCUUGACGGAGUUGCCCCCUCCCGUGUCGGAUCUAGAAUUGCCUCCCCCACCUCUCAUGGUGCCCUCUGAAAAGUUUGUGGUUCCCGUGGAGACCGCUAAUGCACCUCCCGACUUUGUUCGCUCGACUUUGAACGCAGUGCCCAAAACGAACUCGCUGUUGAAGAAGAGUAAGCUUCCCUUUGGUUUGGUGAUAAGGCCCUACUUAAAUCUCCAGGACUCUAACUGCAAAGUUCCCCUCAACACCGACGGGCUUGUGGUCAGAUGUCGUCGUUGUCGUUCUUACAUCAAUCCCUUUGUCAGUUUUGUCGACGGUGGCCGCAGAUGGAGAUGUAACUUCUGCAACCUUGCCAACGACGUUCCAAUGGCGUUUGAUGCUUCCCAGCAAGGUUUGCCCGUCAACAGAUACGAAAGAAACGAAAUGCAACAUGCCGUUGUCGAAUAUCUGGCGCCAAAAGAAUACGCGGCUAGACAACCUCCACCUUCUUCUUAUGCCUUUGUCCUCGACGUCUCGCAAAGCGCCAUCAAAAACGGCUUGUUGGCGGCUGCUGCCAGAACACUGCUUGAGACUUUGGACUCUAUACCAAACCAUGAUCAGAGAACUAGAAUCACAAUUCUGGCUGUUGACAGCUCAAUUCAUUAUUUCGCCAUUCCUUUGGAUGAAGAUGGCGAUCAAAUAAAGAUGAUGGAUGUGGUGGACUUGGACGAACCAUUCUUGCCAAUGCCGAACUCCAUGUAUGUCUCGUUGCAAGACUGCAGAUCCAACAUCGAAAAACUCUUGAAUCAAUUGCCAGAAAUUUUCCAGUACAAUAUCAUGUCCAAAAUGGCGCUAGGGCCCGCUUUAAAAGCAGCUUUCAACCUUAUCAAAGGCGUUGGUGGCAAAAUUAUAGUAGUUGCUUCCACUAUGCCUAAUUUGGGUAUCGGAAAGUUGCAGAAGAGAAAUGAAGCGGGCGUGGCUAAUACACCAAAAGAGGCAUCUCAAUUACUUAACUGUCAGGACGCUUUCUACAAGAACUUUACGAUCGACUGUAACAAAAGCCAGGUUACAAUCGACAUGUUUUUGGCGACUGAAGAAUAUAUUGACGUCGCAUCUUUGUCCAAUCUUGCCCGUUUCACCGCUGGACAAACCCACUUCUAUCCCGGCUGGUCGGCUUCUAAGCUCACAGACGUUAUGAAAUUCACAAAAGAAUUUUCCAAACAUCUCACCAUGGAUUUGUCUAUGGAAGCUGUCAUGAGAGCUCGUGGGUCUUCAGGUUUGAGAAUGACAAGGUUUUACGGCCACUUUUUCAAUAGAUCAUCUGAUCUGUGCGCUUUCCCCACUUUCCCAAGAGAUCAAUCCUAUGUGUUUGAGAUCAGUAUAGAUGAACAGCUGGUUCGUGAUUUCGCGUACUUGCAAAUUGCCGUUUUGCUGUCUUUGAAUACAGGACAGCGUAGAAUUAGGGUCAUUACUUUGGCCAUCCCAACGACAGACUCUUUGGCAGAAACCUAUGCAUCUGCUGACCAGCUGGCCAUGACGGCAUUUUUCUCCCAAAAGGCGGUCGAAAAGGCUUACUCUAACCUGGAAGACGCUCGUGAAUACUUGAAUAGAUCUGUUCAAGAAAUUCUGGCCACAUACAAGAAGGAAAUUGUGGUGUCAAAUACUGCAGGAGGUGCCCCACUAAGACUGAGCGCCAAUCUCAGAAUGUUCCCACUCUUGAUGCACUCUUUGACUAAGCAUAUGGCAUUCCGGGCCGGUCUUGUUCCAAGCGACCACCGCGCUGCGUCUCUCAACUUUUUGGAGUCUAGUCCCCUUCCUUACCUGAUCAAAAACAUCUAUGCCAAGGUUUACUCUUUGCAUGAUAUGCCUGACGACGCUGGCCUGCCCAACGAGCUAGGAGAGACGGUGCUGCCAGAUCGCAUCAAUGCGACAUCAUCGCUACUCGAGCGCUACGGAUUAUAUCUCAUCGACAACAGUACAGAACUAUUUUUGUGGGUUGGCGGUGAUGCUGUCAACGAAUUGACAAUGGAUGUUUUUGGAACUCCGGACAUUUUGGAGAUCCCAAUCGGCAAGCAAGAAUUGCCACUUUUGGAGAAUUCCGAGUUCAACAGCAGAGUGAGAAAUAUCAUUUCCAAGCUCAGAGAGCAUGACGAUGUCAUCACAUACCAGCCCCUAUACAUUGUACGUGGUGCGUCUCUGAGCGAGCCUGUCAACCAUCCUUCGGCUAGAGAGGUGGCCACUUUAAGAUUGUGGGCUACAAGCACUUUGGUUGAGGACAAAAUUCUAAAUAGCCAAUCUUACCGCGAAUUCUUGCAAAACAUGAAGACAAGAAUCAGCAAAUAA